AUGUCUUCCCUCAAGCAAUUCAUUCGGAAUGUGCGGUCGGCCAAGACAAUAGCCGAUGAGCGGGCCGUUAUUCAGAAAGAAAGCGCCGCCAUUCGAGCUUCAUUUCGCGAAGAGAGCCACGACUCCGGCAUCCGGAGGAACAAUGUGGCCAAAUUGCUGUACCUCUUCACCCUGGGAGAGCGGACUCACUUUGGUCAGAUCGAAUGCCUGAAACUACUCGCCUCACACCGGUUCGCUGACAAGCGCCUUGGUUACCUGGGGACGAUGCUGUUGCUUGACGAGAACCAGGAGGUGUUGACACUCGUCACCAAUUCGCUUGGAAAUGAUCUCAACCACUCCAACCAGUAUAUCGUCGGCCUCGCCCUCUGCGCGCUCGGCAACAUCGCCUCCAUCGAGAUGUCCCGUGAUCUAUUCCCCCAAGUCGAGUCUCUCAUGUCCACCGGGAACCCUUACAUUCGCCGGAAAGCGGCCAUCUGUGCCAUGCGGAUAUGUCGCAAGGUCCCGGACCUGUACGAACACUUUUUGGAGAAGGCCAAGACUUUACUGUCAGACCGAAACCACGGCGUUUUGCUCUGCGGCUUGACGUUUGCUAUUGAUCUGUGUGAGGCGGAAGAGGAGGAAGGGGAAGGGCCGGAGGGUGUGAUUGAGAUGUUCCGGCCCCUUGCCGGGGGCCUCGUCCGCGCCUUGAAGGGAUUGACAACAUCUGGAUAUGCACCGGAGCAUGAUGUCUCUGGUAUCACAGAUCCCUUUUUGCAAGUCAAGAUUCUUCGGUUCCUGCGGGUUUUGGGCCGAGGAGAUGCGGCAACCAGCGAAUUGAUCAACGACAUCCUGGCCCAGGUGGCCACCAACACCGACUCGUCCAAGAACGUGGGCAACGCUAUUCUGUACGAGGCCGUGCUCACUAUCCUGGAUAUUGAGGCCGACUCUGGUCUGCGAGUUCUCGGCGUCAAUAUCCUCGGUAAAUUCUUGGCUAACAAAGACAACAACAUCCGCUAUGUUGCAUUGAACACGCUCAACAAGGUCGUUGCGAUUGAACCCAAUGCAGUGCAAAGACAUCGCAAUACCAUCUUGGAAUGUCUGAGGGAUCCCGACAUCAGUAUUCGCCGACGUGCUCUUGAUCUCAGCUUCAUGUUGAUCAACGAGAGUAAUGUACGGGUGCUCGUGCGGGAACUGCUAGCUUUCUUGGAGGUCGCCGACAACGAAUUCAAGCCGAUUAUGACCUCCCAGAUUGGCAUCGCCGCUGAUCGAUUUGCCCCAAACAAGCGCUGGCACAUGGACACCAUUCUCCGAGUUCUCAAGCUGGCUGGAAACUACGUCAAGGAGCAGAUUCUCUCGUCGUUCGUGCGUCUCAUUGCGACUACUCCCGAGCUGCAGACGUAUGCCGUUCAGAAGCUUUAUUCGUCAUUGAAAGAAGAUAUCUCGCAAGAGGGUUUGACACUGGCUGCUACGUGGACCAUUGGCGAAUAUGCCGACAGUCUGCUGCAGGGUGGCCAGUACGAGGAGGAGGAGCUGGUCAAGGAGGUCCGGGAAAGCGAUAUUGUGGAUCUGUUCACCAACAUCUUGAACAGCACUUACGCCACGCAGACUGCCAUCGAGUACAUCACCACUGCAUCCAUGAAGCUUACCGUGCGCAUGUCCGAUCCCUCUCAGAUCGAGCGUCUGCGUCGUUUCCUGACCGGCCGGACUGCCGACUUGAGCGUCGAGAUUCAACAACGUGCUGUCGAAUACACCAACCUGUUCGGCUAUGACCAGAUUCGCCGCGGCGUGCUCGAGCGGAUGCCCGCACCUGAGAUUCGCGAGGAACAGCGUGUUCUCGGUGCACCUGCCAAGAAGCGCCAGAGCAAAGUCCUCCGCGGCAAGUCCACCAAGGCCUCCAAGCCGGCCGAGCACGAUCUGCUUCUCGACCUGAUGGGAGGUGACGAAGCUCCAGUGACCAGCCCGACAUCCAACGGGUCCAACACCGCCGAACUGCUGGCAGAUAUCCUUGGCGGCGACUCGGGCAUGUCGUCGCCUGGCCCAGCUCCCGCCCAAAACAGCAUGAACACCAACUCCAUCAUGGACAUGUUCGGCUCCAACGGUGCCUCACCUUCCCCGCAACCGCAGCCCUCAUCUGCCUUCGUGGACUUGCUGGGUGGCGGGGCGGCUGCACCUUCGCCUUCAUCCUCGCCCGCUCUCGGCUCCGUCUCGACGCCUGCGCACACAGUCUUUAGCAAAGACGGCCUCUCCCUUGCUCUGGCAGUCCAGCGCAGCGGCAACAACGCGCAGAUCAUGGCCCGUUUCCGCAACGAGUCCAACUUCGACCGCUUUACCAACGUCGGUCUUCAGGCUGCCGUACCCAAAAGCCAGAAGCUGCAAUUGAGCGCGAUCAGCAAGGCCGAGCUCGAUGCCGGCGACGAGGGCACGCAGACAAUGCGCGUGACCGGAGUGAAUGGGGCCCUUCCUCCCAAACUCCGCCUACGCCUGCGCGUCACAUCCUGCCGUGACGGUGGGAACAGCGUCACCGACCAGGUUGACUGGACCGAGCCGUAA